AUGGAAGUACAAUUUGGACCCAAUGCUGUAGAUGAUCCGAACUUGCUGUACAAACUACAACGCAAGGUUAAGGUAUUUAAUACAUCGAACUCAUUACCAAACCGUGGAUACAACUUAUUGUCUACAUCUACCAAGUAUGGUAUUGUAUUUGUUGCUUCACCUCAUGGAGUUCUAUCUGUCUACAACAUUAAAGAGCUAAUUGAUCCUGAAUGUGAAACUAGACAUAUCUCAAUAAACCUUCAAGUCGAACCAACGCAUAUAGCAGUAAAUUGUGACCAUGAAUGGUUGGCCGUUGUGGGUGGUCAAAUGCUUUUUGUAUAUAAAGUCUGCGACUUUCAAAAUCCUAAUGUUGGUCCAGCAAUUACAAUUAGAUGUGAAGUAAAUCCGUCUACUUACCUGUCCGCUCUACAGUGGAACCCAUGUAUACCAGAUACAAUCGCUCUUGUAUACUUUGACGGGACUCUUGUCAUCUGUCAAGUUAACACCAUGCAGAAGAAACAAAUACAAUCAUUAGCCAGGUGUCUUUGUUGGAGUCCAAAAGGCAAACAAUUAGUGACAGGAAAUGCUGAUGGGACACUGUGCCAAUAUAAACCAGAUCUCUCACCAAUGAAAUCUGUAGCGGCACCCAACUUGUUUGAAGGGGCACCUGUUGAAGCCUUAGCUAUUCAUUGGAUAUCUACAUUUCAAUUCGCAGUGGUAUUUAGAAAUGCUUCAAAUAGCAGCCGACCAGCUGUAACUAUUGUGAACACGCCCAAAGGUGGUACACCAAACUGUCUGAACUAUGAAGAUAUUUGUUACAGUUUGGGAUCUAAUAGGCCAUGGUUUUACUACUUACAAGGACUCGCUCAAUGGAAUUUGAUAAUGACUGCUUCGUCAAACAGCAUGGAGAUAGCAACACUGGGAUCUAAAGAUGGUUUGAAUUGGGUGCAGUGGUGUCAGAGUGAUGAAGCUCGACCAGAAUUACCCUUGACAAAUAAGACACAGGAAAAUUAUCCAGUUGGCUUGUGUAUAGAUACAUGCGCUGCUCACCAACUACCUUGGGGUGAAAAUGAGUUACUCCCACCAAUGCCCAUUUUACUAGUGGUAUCACACACGGGCUUACUCACUAUAUUCAAUAUCGUGAAUUUGGACAAAACUUGUGCUCAAAUUUGCACAUCGAUACAGGCUUUGCAAUUGCCCGAGGCUGCUUUCACUAGUGAUGUACCGAGUGAUAUGCCACCACAACCGCAAGAAACUGCACCAACGCAAACGACAGUAGUACAGCAACCACAAUCAGUUUUACAACAACCGCAACCUGUUUUACAACAACCGCAACCUGUUUUACAACAACCACAACCGAUUUCUCAACAAUCUCAACAAGCCCAAGCAACUGUCCAACAAUCGCUUUCAUUUGCCCAACAACCACUACAACAACACGCGCCUAAAGCAGAACUAACUAGCCUGUUUUCAGGGUCGCAAUUAACAGCAUCAUUGCUAAGCACACCGAAGCAACCAACACCUCAAAUGCCCACUCCGACACCUGAACAGAUUGCAACUAAAGCACUAACUGUGGCUGAAAUUGAAAAGUCCAAAGCCGAAGCGAUGGCUCUCAAAUCUGCUCAAGAAAAAGCUAAUAAGGCAAGAGUUGAACAGGAAUUGAAGAGCAUGCUAAUAAAAGAGGUCAAUGAGUUUCAACAAGAACUUUAUAAGUUCCGGGUGAUGAUUAGCAAGAAUCAGAUCAAGAUCCAACAGCAAAUCGAAUCGGUAGAACCAAACUUGGAUUUGCACUCAUUAGACUCAGAGCAACUAAAGAAAGAAUGCAAAUUAGAAGAACUGAGGGAGUCCGUUGUUCAAUUGAAAUUGGACCUCAUUCGCGCAUACGCUGUUGUCGCCGAGUCUAAGACACACGCUGAAACGAAGGAAUACUUCGAAUGGAAUCAAACCGACCCGUUGACAGUAAAACGUUUUACUUCGAUCAAGAAACUGGCCUACUAUGUACAGAAUCAACUAGAUCAAGCACAGAAGGAACUCAACUACAAAUGGGAUGAGAUGAUUCACAAAACUGAAUAUGGAAAACCAGGCCAACGAAUGAUUAGACCGAUCUUAGACGACGUUUAUCAGCCUCUGGUAAAACAACAGGAGAUUCUGGGCAGGCAGCAGGCUGUUCUUAGAACUUUGAAGAACACACUUAACGAAUGUAACUCAACGCCUAUGUUUAAAUCAACUUCUUUAUUACGUAGCACACCAUUUAAAAACAAAGACCCGCUGUCAAAGUUAACAAAGAACAUUUUAAAUAUGAGUAUUGAGCCUCAAAAUAACAAAGACAAAGAGCUAUCCUCCCAAAAGUUAGACUCUCUUCGCGAUAUGCUUUCAAACCACAGACCUAAAAAAAUUAAACCGGUCAGUGUAGAACUUCGUCAGCAUUUAGAAGCCAUGAGGCAAAAAUAUGAAAAGGCCGUAAAAGACCGCGCAGAGAAGAGAGAUAUAGAAAAACAAACGGAGCUUUAUAAACAAGAACAAAUAAACCUGGACGUAGAAAGAGUUAAAGCUGAGAAACAAGAACUUGCCAGAAUUACAGAAAUAGUUGCAAAAGAACAGAAAAUCAUAGAGGCUCAUAAACAGAAACAAGUGGAAAUGGCAAUGCAAAAGUUAAAAACAGAACUGCCUGUGCCGGCUCCACAAGUUAAUGCUUUUGUAAAAACGGAACCGAAAUCUGCCAUCAAAGAACAACCCAUAUCCAUACCUUCGUUCUCACUAGGAAAUAGUACAAGCCUGCCGAAGCCAGCUUUUGCAAGCGUUUCGAGGAAUUUAUUUAACGAAGGUGUGAAACCUGAAAGUUCAAAAGCUCAAAGUUUGCAAUCACCGAUACAGUCUUUGAAAAUUGAUGCAAAGCAAUCCUCAUUACAAGAUCAUCUCCAAAAAGAAAUAGACAAUAUGAUCCCUAAAGUUUGUUCACCUAUUGUAUUUUCUGGUAAGCAAAUGGAAGGAACGCCUAAGGAAACUACAAAUGCGCCAGGUGCUGUUUCCUCUUCAAAUCCAAUAGGUGAAAUUAGCAGCAUGUUCAGUAAAUAUACACAAUCUACUACAAAACCUCAAGUUAAACCCAGUGCAACAUCAGAUGAAACUGGAGAGAUGGAAUCUAGUACAGUUCCCAUUAAACCUUUAGGUCAAACAGCGAAAGAGAACAAACCUCUCCAAAAUAUAUUCAGUUUAAAAACCUCUACACCCUUAACCAACGUUCAGAAUGUUCCCGAUGUUUUAAAAGGUAACCAAAUAUUUGCAAAAGCUGAAUCAAAGCCUAAAGAAGAAUUAGAGAAACCGAAAGAAAAUGUACCUCAAACAACCGAAAUCAAAAUAACUCCUGUAAAGAAGGAUGAACCAAAACCAAUCUCUGUUCAAUCCAUAAGUUCACCGUCAUCAGCUCCCGCGCAACCGGUUUUCGUUGUUGACCUAAAAAAGCCCAGUGAAAUCAAAAUUGAAAAGUCUUUACCCGCAUCUUUUUUCAACUCUACUUCGACAUCGUUUGCAACUUCAAUACAAGUUACAACCGCAGCUGAGGUUACUGCAACCAUAACUCCUAAGACUUCUGUUACUACGUCAAAUGUAGUAACAUCAAAGGAAGCACCAAAGGCUGAUAUAGAUGUUGAAAAAACAAAUACGCAAAUGAAACCUGUUGCUUUUGUGACAUCAGAAAUUAAAAAUACACCAGUAUCUUCAGCGGCACUUCAGACAACAGAAGAACCUACUAGUCCAAAUGCAAAGACUGUUUUCAGUGGCGCAUCGAAAUCUUUGUUCAGUUCCCCCAGCGCGCCUGACGCUAAACCGCUAUUUGGAUCAUCCAGCGUUACGAUCACUUCAUCAACGCAAGCUACUCCAACGACCCCUCCAGAAUUUGCUACAUCAACAUAUGGACAUAGUGUGUCAUCACCGACAACUCCCCAGGAUUUAACUACACCCACUACCGCAUCACCCUUUGGUUCUGCUCAAAGCGUAUUCAGUGCUGCUAACAAAACUGUUUUCGGGGCUGCGACUACUUCGACACAAAGUAUUUUUGGAACAGCAACCCAAGCGCCUACAUUUGGUGGCUCUGCGUUUUCUUCGAGCCAAUCUGUUUUUGGGUCUUCCUCUACGCCUAGUUCAGUAUUCGGUACAGCUGCCCAAUCAGCGUUCGGCCCAACCACGCAAGCACCAUUUGGAGCGUCUACAACGCAGUCAGUUUUUGGUGCCCCUUCGACUACACCUUCCGGAUUUGGAUCCUCUUCGCCAGCGUCAGUUUUUGGCAGUGCGACAUCUCAACAAAACCCAUUUGGACAGACUGUGUUUGGUUCAGCUACAUCUACUUCAGUGUUUGGUUCAACGGGCACAACGCCAUCGUCGGUAUUUGGUACAACGACGACGUCACAAAGCGGCUCUCUCUUUGGUGAUGGUGGAGCAAAUUUGUUCGCUUCAGCAAGUAUUUCCACCACGGGAUCUUCGACGCCAUCUGGAAGUCUUUUUCGUGCGAGCCCCGGUUGUGUGUUUGGAGCUAAAUCUACGUUCAGCGGGUCUAAUCCUACGGCUGCGAGUAUAUUUGGUGGUGGAGCAUCGCUGGAACAAAAACCUGCUGCUAAUUUCUGGGGUAGCAGCACAAAUUCAUCCGGAUUUGGAUCUAGUGCUUUCGGUCAGCCUGCAACAACCCAGGGAUCAGUGUUUGGUAGUACAGGUGGAAGCUUUAGCCAGCCAUCAGGCGAGCAACCUUUUGGAACACCUCAGAAAUCAGUGUUUGGCUCGCCACAACAACAAACAGCACCAGCAUUCGGAGGGUCGCCAGUUUUCGGCUCAAAACCAGUGUUCGGUUCAUCGCCUAGUUUCGGCGGUUCGGCUUUUGGUGGUGUGAAUAAGAGUCCCAGCAGUGGCUUCGGUUCAUCAGCAACUUUCGGUGGCGGUGCCACAUUCGGCGGCUCCGGCUUUGGUAACACUUCACCAAGUCAAGCGUUUGGGGCUGCAGCAUCAGGUUUCGGAUCCCCAACGCAAUCGAACUCGACUUUUGAAAACCUCGCAAACCAGAACACAUUGACUUUUGGAAACCUCGCACACCAAUCCAGCCAGCCCGCAGCACCAGCUCCAAGCUUCAAUACAUCACCUUCUUUCACUGGAUGGCGCGGCUGA